AUGGUACAAAAGAAAAUUUCUCCAAAGGUUAUAAAAGGGAUUUCCGAUGAUUUUAAUAGAUCGAUAGAGGCAAAAAAUUCCAUUAUAUUAGACAAUGACAACGAGACAAUUAUUGAUAGUUUAGCACUUCCUUCCUGGUUUUCAAAUGUCUUUGAAAAAUUGGACCUCAGUAUAGAAGGACUUAAAAAAGAUGAAGAAAGGAAUAUAGAUAAAAAAGAAAUUAGUAUAAAGAAAAUAAUUGAUAAAAUCGAUAACUCUAUGAAAAUUGAUCUUUGUUUUGUUUUAGAUUGUACUGAUUCUAUGGAUAAUCAUAUUGCCGCUGCAAAAGAUUGUAUUUUAGAAGUGUCAGAAUACGUUGAAAAUAUAAAUCCAAACUUUCAACUUAGACUUGGUUUUUGUGGAUAUCGCGAUUAUUGUGAUAAAAAUGAUCGUUUGAAAAUUUUUGAUUUUACCGAUUCUUGCGAAGAUUUUAGUGAAAAUUUAUCUACUGUAAAAGCUUUUGGUGGUGGUGAUUUUGCUGAAGAUGUUUUAGGAGGACUUAAUGCUGCUAUAACUCAAAUGACUUGGAAAGGUGGUACUCGAAUUCUUUUCCACAUUGGUGAUGCACCACCCCAUGGUAAAAAAUUUUGUGAUCCUUCUCAAUUUUUGGAUGAUGAUUAUCCAAAUGGCGACCCAAAUGGGUUAACAGAGAAGAAUGUGUUGCAAAAAAUGAAAUUAAAGAAAAUUGCUUAUGUUUUCGGAAAAAUUAAAAGUUAUACAGAUACUAUGAAUAAGAUAUUUCGUAAUAUAAUUG